GCACCCACGCGGCUCCAGUCCACCAUCGAACGACAACGACCCCAGCAGCCAGCGGAGCACUCGGUAUAAAAUCACGCCUUCUCCUUAUCGUUCUCGAGGCCAGCCAAACCCAAACCAAGAACCUGAUCAAUCAACUUCAGUCCCGUCCGUAGGAGGGUUUUGAAAAGCCAACGUACACCUCUGAGAGAGUUCAACCGGAGCCUGAAUGGCAACGCCCAAGCUGUCCCCGGUCUCGCCGGUGCGGCAGGACGGCAACGACAAGCCGUGCGCGCCAUCCUCCCCCUCCUCCUCCCCGUCGACCGUUCUGAGUGCGCAGGACGCGUACGAGCAGCACCUGCGCCUGCCGGAGCUGUCGAGCCUGUGGACGGCCGGAUGCUUCCCGGAGUGGGCGGGCGAGGGCCUGGUCAAGCCGGCGCUGCAGGCGCUGGAGGUCACCUUCCGCCUCGCGUCCCUGGCGCUCUCCGACCCGCGCGGGCACGCCGGCCGCCGCGAGCUCGCGCGCCGGCUGGAGUCCCUCGCGGCGCGGGAGGUGGAGCUGGUGUCGGCGCUCUGCGAGGGCGACGGCCGGGGCGCGCCGCUCGCCGAGCUGAGCGCCUCCGGGGGCGUGCUCCCGCGGGAGCGCAGCGCGUCCGAGGUGGUGGUGUGGCAGCUGCCCGGGAGCGCCGCCGCGGUCGUGUGCCGGGCCAGCGAGGCCAGCCUGCUCCCGCGCCUCGCCGCGUGGGAGAAGUCUGAGGCGCUCGCGGCCAGGAUCACGUACGCCGUCGAGGGCCAGAUGCAGGGCUGCGCCUUCACGCUCGGCCUCGGCGAGCCCAACCUCGCCGGCAAGCCCGUGCUCGAGUACGACCGCGUCGUGCGCCCGCACGAGCUGCACGCGCUGAAGCCCGACCCUGCGCCGGAGCCCAUGUCCGGCUACCGCAACCGGGAGCUCGAGACUCUGUUCACCAUGUACCAGAUACUCGAGUCCUGGCUCCGCGUCGCGUCGCAGCUGCUCACCCGCCUCGACGAGCGGAUCGAAGACAAGUGCUGGGAGGCGGCGGCCGGCGACUGCUGGAUCCUGGAGCGCGUGUGGAAGCUGCUCGCGGACGUCGAGGACCUCCACCUGCUGAUGGACCCGGACGAGUUCCUACGGCUCAAGAGCCAGCUCGCCGUACGAGCGGCGCCGGGGUCUGAGUCCGCGUCCUUCUGUUUCCGGUCCACGGCGCUCCUGCACGUCGCUAGCGCCACUAGGGACCUCAAGAAGCGUGUGCCCUGGGUGCUCGGUGUCGAGGCGGACCCCAGCGGCGGCCCACGGGUGCAGGAGGCGGCCAUGAAGCUGUACCACAGCCGUAGGCGCGGUGAGGGCGAGGAGGCAGGCAAGGUGGACCUGCUCCAGGCCUUCCAGGCGGUGGAGGUGGCCGUGAGAGCAUUCUUCUUCGGGUACCGGCAGCUGGUGGCGGCGGUGAUGGGCACGGCGGAGGCGUCGGGCAACCGGGCGCUGUUCGUGCCGGCGGAGGAGAUGGAUCCGCUCGCCCAAAUGUUCCUGGAGCCGCCAUACUACCCUAGCCUGGACGCCGCCAAGACGUUUCUAGCGGAUUACUGGGUUCAGCUUCAGCAGAUGGCGGAGGCCUCUGCUCCGUCAAGACAAAGCUGAAACGGCGAAAUGGCACGGCUGAGCCACCGAAUCGCGCAGUUUUGCAGGACUGAAGAUACUAUGCAUGCAUUUCGUUGGGGCCUUUUGCCCUUGUGGUGAAUGGUGAUAGAGUGAUUCAUUUCUAUAGCGAUCAUGUACUAUUGCAGUACAUGUCGCACUAGAAUACUAGAUUCUCUUACUAUCGUUGUGCACUGCGUUGUACGUGUUGUGUUCUACGUAGAUAUAGAUUGAUUCAGUUAGAUGUCAUUUGUAUUGCCAAGUAGGUCAAUUGGAUAUGGAACUUUUGUAAAUACCGAAAUACUGUUGUUGAGCACCGUGUA